AUGGCGACUGCGGAAGAGUCGAAGUUGUCUCUGGCGAAUUCGUUCGGUUAUGUCGUUCUCGGCGGAAUGUUUGAUCGAUUACACGAUGGGCAUCGAAUGUUCCUUAAGUUGGUGGAGGCUGUUCUGAGACAAUUUGGUGGAGGUGGUGGUUAUGGAGGUUCAGACACUCUAAUUACUGACGAGGAAGAGUUACAUCGGCAUCAGAAUCUUGAGAAGCUUUACAUCUCAACACACUCUGCUAAGCAUUUUCAACGCGAUAUUGUUCGUGGUGUACAAGGAUAUAUCAUUACAGGAUCCAAACAAGUCAAAAUAGGUAUUAAGUUGUGUGAGGAUAGUAGGAAAUAUGGUUCGGAUAAUACAUGUACUAGUGGUAAUACACUAACAAGAGCUUCACUCAGCUUCGCAAAUGCUCGAGCCUUGAUGGAGAAAGAGCGCGGAAAUCUCUUGAAGACUCUUGGCACACAGGUCGCUGAGCCACUGAGGUCAAUGGUAAUGGGAGCUCCAUUGGAAGAUGCUCGACAUCUAGCACAAUGGUAUGAUGGGAUGCGACAAGAAGCUGAAACUCAGACUAUCGAAGUAUCAAGACGGCAAGCUAAAGUUAGAAAGAAUCCUGGUAAUCCGGAACUGAUUGUGACCUCCUGA